AUGGACCGACGCCGAGAUCAGAAACGACAGUGGACGAAGAAGUGCUUCGUUUGUGGAAAGCCAGAAUGUUGGUCAACGAGGCAUUCCGACGAAGAAAGACCUACGGACUACGCUGCCUACCUCACGGAAUAUGAAGGAGCCGAUACGGACGAGGAAGCCGACUUUGACCCUAGUGACCCGUUUGACGACGAAGACGAAGACCAGUUGCAGGACGUAACGCAGUUCCUUACAGACCAGGCUUUCUUGCACCAAGUCACCGGAGAAGACAUCUACGCCGAUAAUGCCCCAAAGACCCCAUCCAACCAGUUCCUUAUUGAGGACCGGUAUGCAGGACGCUUCCAAGGCAUCCUUCCAGAUACCGGUGCAGCCAACGUCUCGACUGUCGACAUGGAUAGGCUGCACGUCUAUUUCAAUAAUACCACAGACGAACUUAUCCAAGGCGAGACCCGCAUCCCUAUUAUACGCAAAUGGGGACAUCCUUGGUUUCAUCUUAAUCGCCUAUUCAAGCUGCUAACCCGGGCCGGCCACGAAGUCGAACAGCAACGGUUUAAAUUCAGCCUAAAAGAUGACCAUGAAUUCAACUAUGAAAUUCUUGUCGAUGUGAUGUUCCUGAAGUCCCUAUCAACAAAGGACACUUGGGAAGCCCUCCGCUGCUUAUGGAUCGAUACGUACCAAGGACCCCCGGACGUUGUUACCCACGAUGCAGGUACGAACUUCGCCUCAACGGAAUUUCAAACCGAGGCCAAGAUGCUAGGGAUUACCUGUAAGGAAGUCCCUAUUGAAGCCCAUUGGUCUAUCGGCAAGGUUGAACGGUACCACGGCCCUUUGCGACGAGCGUUUGAGAUUAUGUACGCAGAGCUCUCAAGCCAGGCAGACGCAGAUUCGAUCCUCCAGAUGGCCGUUAAAGCAGUCAACGAUACCGCCGGACCAGACGGACUUGUUAUAAGUAUAAAAGACCAUGAUAUCACGGUUGAUAUGGUUAACGGACCAACGACCUUCCGAUCAACUGUCGUGAAGCCGUACUAUAAGGACGAUAACUCCCCUGCUGCCCCCGCUCAGACAACGGAGCCCGCAGCCCAGACAGCCAAACGGGAAAUGGACGAUAUUGCCCUUGCCAUUAAGCUUCGAGACGACGGCGUCAUUACAACGCCAGGUGCCCCGUUUGAACAGUCCGAUCAAAAGGAAAUCAAUGACCUCAUCGGACGAGGGGUAUUUACCUUCGAGUUAUUCGACCCGACCAAGCAUCGAGGAACACGGAUUUUCAAGUCACGAUUAGUCCGAGAAGUUAAAGGAAAGUAUAUAAAGCCGUACGAAAAGUCUCGCCUCGUAGUCCAAGGCUAUAACGACGACGAGAAGAACACUCUUUGA